CACUUCGGUCUGCAAACGCGAGCCCUCUCCAUCCUCUCCUAAAGCCCUUUACUUUGCGCAUGUACAGCCAAACUGAACAUUUCAUCGACUCCAAGAUGGCGUUAACACCACUGGCUUGCGUUCUGCUUCUCCUUUCCAUGCAAUGCUACAUCAGCACCUUGGCAGUCAUCCUCAAGACGACGAAUGCUAAACCAUGGGUCAAUGAGUUUGAACCGAUCGAGCUGUCCUGCAUGAUCGAGUCAAUCUCCACUCCUAAUCCCAGAAUAGAAUGGAAGAAGAUUAAGAAAGGAGAGCCCAGUUAUGUAUAUUUUGGAAAACAAAUGGCAGGUGACUUGGAAAGGAGAGCGGAAAUUCGACACCUUGCGAGCUUAUUCAUUCUCAAUGCAACAAGAGCCGACACUGCAGAUUACCGCUGUGAAGUCACUGCCCCAAACGACCAGAAAUCCUUUGAUGAGAUUUUGAUAUCGCUCACUGUAAGAGUGAAGCCUGUCGUGCCCAGAUGCUCCGUACCCAAGUCCGUCCCGGUAGGCAAACCAGCAGAGCUGCACUGUAUAGAGGAUGAGGGCUAUCCGAAGUCCCAUUACCAGUGGUUCCGCAACAAGGAGGAAAUCCCUGAGGAUCCCAAGAGCAGCCCAAAGUUCCUCAACUCCUCUUACGCAGUGAGCAGAGAGAUGGGCACUCUGAAAUUCAGUGCGGUCAGGAAGGAGGAUGCUGGAGAAUAUUACUGCAGAGCCAGGAAUGAGGCUGGGAUCUCUGAAUGUGGACCGCAGAUGAUGGAAGUUUAUGACAUCAACAUUGCUGGAAUCAUCCUGGGCGUAGUGGUUGUGGUGACGGUCCUUCUGUGUAUAACAGUGGGCAUCUUCUGUGCCUAUAAGCGAGGCUACUUCACCAGCCAGAAGCAGACGGGAAACAAUUACAAAGCUCCAGCAAAAGGAGAUGGAGUGGACUAUGUCAGAACAGAUGAGGAGGGGGAUUUCCGACACAAAUCCUCAUUUGUCAUCUGAGGGGAGGAGGACGGGCGAUGGAAGAGAUGCGGAAUUACGUUGAAAGUCAUUGGCGCUAUUAUACCUCGCAAACACAAAUCCCCAAAUGAGGACAUCGUUGUUGGAGCCGCCAUUGCACGUGCCUCGCUUUACGGCACGUCUGCGACGACACAAUUUGUAUUUGCCAAAGGUGACAAAUAAUCAUGUCUGAUCACUGUUACUUGUAUCUUUAAUUCAGCUUUUACAGCCCCUUUUUACAACUCAAAUGUACAAUUUUCAGUAGAACCCGAUGUAUGGCAAGAAAACGUUUUCCUUAAACUCUUCUGUCAUUUUUAAAACGUUUAUUUUGUACUAGGUAAAUUUGUCAGACUAUUUUUGAUGGAAUAUAUUUUAAAAUGCCUACAGAAAAAAAGUUUUACUUUUUUAAAUAUUUGUAAAAUACUAACCUGGAAGCCAGUACUUUUUUUUUUGGUUGAGAAAGAAAUCAUUUCCACCAACUUCACAUCUUUUAGUCAUUCAACAACUAAUAAUGUACCAGACCACUCGACGUGUGGAUGUUUUGUUUUCCAUUCAGAUCCUUUCAGUGUAUAUCCAGCGACGCCGGCUUCAAUCAAAGGUCUUAUGUUCUUACUAUACUGCUGGUAUUUCAUGUUAAUAGCGAAAGGACGUUCCAUGUUCAUGUUUGUAGAUAGUCUUAGACAGUGAGUAUCUUCAAAAAAACACCAGCAAGAAAGCUGGGGAUUUGAAAGACCAGUGCUGCGUAUCCUUGAUUUUUAAGUGUCCUUCUAUGCUAGCUGUUUAUCUUGUAUAUAGUGAAUAUACUGUCUAGGUUGUUUAUUUUUUUUACUGUUCUUUUUUCUUUUCUCUUUCUCUCUCUACAUCUUUUCUUUUUCUUAUUUGAGUGAGAAACACUCUUCAUGUUACAUAACAGGGUUUGUUUGUUGGCUAACUGUACUGGUUGUAUAUAGAUCCACUGUGAGCUACACUGUGCUUAAAAAGUUUCAAACAUUGAAUGAGGCGAAUAUGACACUCUUUCCAUGGAAAAACUAACUUGUCAUGGUAGAGAGGGGAUCUGCCUUAUUAAAUACAUUUAUAAAACCAACCUGGAAACGUGUAAACUUACAUUUUCUUCCUUAGUAAAGUUUAUGGAUAAAUUUGGACUAUUCAAACAUCAUUUUAAAGACGUAAAAGUACAAUCAGCUGAACUUCUACCAUGUUCUCAGAAAACUUCAGCUAAUCAUAAAUCAUUCCUCUUAAGUGCCUUCCUUUGGUAGACAACGACAGUAAUGCAGUUUUCAAUCAUUAAAUGCUGUAGCAGCUAAUUGGAAUAUGCAGAACAGUUUUUCUAAUUCACAUCCAGUUCAUCACUUAAACCAGGUCAACAUUAAGAAUAGAACAGGUGUUUGAGAGGAAUGAUAAUGUUCUGCGCUCACCAGUUUUGGUCACAUAUCUAAUAUUAUAUAUAUUUUUUGUAAAUAGACCUGUUGUUGUGCAUUGAUUUGGGGAAUUCUUCUUUUUUCAUUGACGUAGAUAUUCUAUUAUGUAUUAGUGCCUAAAUGUAGAAUGAAAUAAUGUUUCAGGAGGACAGAGCACUAGUGUUUAUUCAGCAGAUGGAAUCGGAAAUUCCUAGUUUCGCUAGAUAUGCGUGUUAUAUAAUUGAUUUUAUAUAGUAAGUUAGAAAGCGAGGUACAUUGUGAGUCACAGCCUGAGUCCCUGCAUAUGUCAAUAGAGUACUGUGAGGGAAACAGAAAUUUAAAAAUUUGUGGUUUGAAAGGAAAAAAAAAAAAAAAAAAAAGCAGGGAGAGCUGUACCAAAAACUGACUGCCAAAAGAGCAUUUUCUCCAAUUCUGGUAUUAUUCUGCUCUCAGUUCUCUUUCUUUUUUUCUAAUUUUGUUUGUAACUCUUCAGUGGAGGCUGAGUUCAGAUGUUUUUCACUCAUUUUAGUUUCUGUGGAGUUUGUGGGUUGUUUUGGAGACAGCUGGAAUUUGAAAUGAAACAUAUUUCAUUCACUGAAUUCAUUAAUGUCCCAUUGGUUUGGGACUGGUACAAAUCCUGUGUGAAUUCUUGAACAGUAUGUUUGUGAUUAAUAAAACUCACUUCUUGAAUUCA